AUGGAGUUAGCUUUGUUAAAUGGCUUCAACCACCGUUCAGCCGAGCGCUCUUUGGCGAAAUGCAUUUCUCGAUCGAAAUGCUUGAAUAGCAAUCUCGUGUCUCGACCGAAAAGUGAGCCGUGUCUACCCGGUUGGAGUCACUCAAAACACUUUCAAGCUUGUUAUAUCAUCAUUUACGAUCUUGACUACGAGGAGGCGAAGAGCAAUUGUCAGAGUAUGGAGAGUAAAAUGGUUUAUGUUGAAGGGGAGACGAAAAAUCUCUUAUUGUUAUCAUUGAUUCGCAGCGAGCCGUCGAAAACGGGCAAUCUGCUACUUGGCGCUCAGAGAAUGAACAAUCGCUUCUACUGGGACAACGGUAGCGAGAUGAAUUACACGCAUUGGGGCUCACAAGAACCGAUCACCACAAACGGGAAUGAGAAUUGCGUCUUGUUGGUCACCGAUCGAAACGAAAUUCUUUCCUCAAAGUUCUCGCGAUGGAAAACGACACCCUGUAACGUGAAGCAAAAAUUCUCGAUUUGUGAAUCUAAAUGCUUGAAUAGCAAUCUCGUGUCUCGACCGAAAAGUGAGCCGUGUCUACCCGGUUGGAGUCACUCAAAACACUUUCAAGCUUGUUAUAUCAUCAUUUACGAUGUUGAUUACGACCUGGCGAAGCGUAUUUGUCAGUACAUGGACAGUAAAAUGGUUUAUGUUGAAGGGGAGACGAAAAAUCGUUUAUUAAUAUCAUUGAUUCGCAGCGAACAGUCGAAAACGUUCGCCUCGGGCAAUCUGCUACUUGGCGCUCAGAGAAUGAACAAUCGCUUCUACUGGGACAACGGUAGCGAGAUGAAUUACACGCAUUGGGGCUCACAAGAGCCGAUCACCACAAACGGGAAUGAGAAUUGCGUCUUGUUGGUCACCGAUCGAAACGAAAUUCUUUCCUCAAAGUUCUCGCGAUGGAAAACGACACCCUGUAACGUGAAGCAAAAAUUCUCGAUUUGUGAGUGGAAAUAU